AUGGAGAUGGCAAUGUCGUUUGUAAGGUUCUUCGUAUCUUUGAUAAUUAUUUCAAAUGCAGGACAACAUAUUGUUUCUUCUGAUGGAGGCGAUUUAGUACUAUCAGACUUCUACAAUGAAACAGCCAUUAGUCGCAUAGCAUUUGGAAGUUGCAGGUAAUUUUUGUUACAUUAUGGCGUCACCAAAAUGAUCCCUGAUGUGCUUUUGCAUACCGUGAGUAAACUUUGUUUCCCUCCCGUUAUGGACGAUAAUUUAUAAGAUGCGUAUCCUAAACAAAGAUAUUUAGGCUGAACAUAUACUUCAAAAGCGACGAUAUUGAUUUUGUUUGAAACUUUGCAGCACGAAAAUAAGUGUGUAUGAGAUGUUGUCUUAUUUAUUAUAUUAGCGACUGUAAUAAAUGGAUUUUUUCAACAUUAGCUUGAAAUAAAUAAAAAAACCUUAUUAGCUUCUAACAUAUGGUCUACUUUUCCUCUUUAGUUUUCCUAAGAAACCCCAGCCACUGUGGGAACAUAUCUCUUUCCAACAACCAGAUUUAUGGGUUUGGCUAGGCGAUGGUAUGUCUUGAAAUUUACUGUAUCCAAUUUUAUGACAACAGGCUGGGUUGUUGAUGUGAAAAUAUGCACGUGACAGAAAGCCCGUGGGGGAUGAGGGAAGUACUCCUGGGGCUAAGAUCAGGCUAAGAUGAUGGGGAAGUGCCAAUAGGGUCAAAAGAUCCCUUGAGUUUCUCUUGAGUUUGAAGUAAAGUUUUCUCACCCAGUCCCCAACUCCCUCAACUGAAAUGACAUUCCCAAAAAUGUCAUGCUGAAUUUUUGAACUUUUUUUGAAGAAAAUAAUCUGCCCAGCAGGGUACUGAUGUCAUAGCUGGAAACGUUUUAUUAACAAUUUACACAUUUCUUAAGGAUGUUACUUGAGAACAUACGUACAUACUUUAUUGAAAGGUCAAUAGUAGGCAAUAUUAUUUCUACAUUAAGUUGGGGUAGAAUGCGUGACUGACGGGUAGUUUAUUUUAUAGUUGCCAUUCUAUGUACAGUCAACUCCCGUUAUAGCGGACACCCUCGGGACCGCGAUUUGGUGUCCGUAAUAGCGAGAGUCCGUAAUAGCGGGGUUUCCUACUGUACUGAAGUACAGUAAACUACAUCUCUAAAAAAAAUAUUUUCAAGGAAAAAAUUAUUUUCAAGGAAAAACCUGAACAUCAGCUAUUGAUUGCAUCAGCUAACCACAAGGCAACAGCAGGAAUCUGUGGAAAACGGAUCAAUCGAGGAUCUGUCUUGGGACUGGAACUUCCCGUUAUUUAUAAGAUAACGGCGGAAGGAUACACUUGGACAGACUAGACGAACUUAUUCAUGGCAGCGAGACUGCAAAGAGGGCCUUACAAGAGAAAAAGAUGAGGGAAUUUUGACUGAUGGACAGAAGAAGCGGAAGUCGACCAAAAAAGACAAAGACAGUCUCAAAAAGCAGAAAAAAUACACUUGAUAUGUGUGCAAAUUUUCCAAGAUGCUGCUCGGUGUCCGCUAUAACGAGAGAGAAAACAAUAAAAUUGUGACGUUGGGACCGAAUAAAGUGUUCGUAAGUCCGUAGUAGCGAGAGUCCGUAAUAGCGGGAGUUGAUUUCAGUCAAACGUCUGUAACUUUCGCCGGGGAUUUUGCUGCUGUCCGUAAUAGUGAGGUGUCCGCAAGGCGGGAGUUGACUGUAUGUAAUUAGGUUUUUGCACUAUUCCAUUUAUAGCCUUACCUUUCCCUUGACGGAGUUCACAAAUUCAGCGACUCGUAGCUCCUUGACUGUUAUUUAAGUGUCCUGACAUUCUAAUAACACACGUCUGAUACAUGUAUAACUUGAGCAAUUCAUUAUUUUUGUCUAACCUGAAAAUCCUUCCAGUGAGAAUAUUCAUAAUGGUUUUGUUAACUUGUCAAAGCUUUGAUCUUGGCCCAAGAAAUAUGCUUUGCUAAUCAGGGCUGAGAGAGCUUCCAGUUUCUUGCUUACAAUACAUUGUGCUUCUAAGAAAGAUUAUCUUUGUAACACAAGGCAUAACACAGUAUAAUAUAUGCAAUAUAAUUUCACUUGGAUUGACUUUUUCUUCUGAUAAAUGGAUGCUAUGAAUAAUGAUUAUUAGUACUUUGUCAUUAAUGCAUAAAGAGCAUUAUCUCUGACUAAUGUUCUCAUGACUUCACUUUAAAUGUAUAACAUUGAUGUACAAUAUGUAUACUUAUAUCUAAUUUCUCUUUGUAGCUGUUUAUGCUGACACCAAAAUAUUGCCCCUUGUGUGGACUCCAUCACCUCUUGGUGAAAUGGUAGACAAGUUUAACGCCUUAAAGUAUUCUUUGGCAUAUCAGGUUUGAUUUUCUGUCAGAUCUUUUUCCAGUAAAAGUAAACUAUGUGAACACCUUAAAUUCAUGUUAUGAGUUAGGAAAAAAGUAAAAAAAAAGUUCCUUUCCUUUCACUUCUUCAAGUUGUUUACCAAUAGUAAUAACCAUAUUUUUACCAAUUUUGAUUUUACUGUAUCUUCGUUCUAGCUCUUUCUCCAUUUGUCUAAUUUGAUAUCUAGCAUUAAUUGAGGAUAAGAAGCCUUAUGAUUUCUUUAGGCUUUCAAGAUUCCUUUGCUCAGUAAUUUAUGCAUUUUUUACUUCUGUAUACAAUUCGGCAUUUCAUGGCAAAUGAAGAAAAAAAUUACCAUACAUUUUAAGCAUCCAAGUGACUGCUCUGCUUCUGUCAAAUGACUGGCCACUCCAGAUUAUUAGGAAAAUUAUGUUUACUUAGCAGAACUCUGAUUUUUCCUCCAUACAGUACUUGAUCUUCAUUGACAAGUCUAAUUUCUUACAAAUUUUUUUAUAGCCAAUUAUGAAAUUAAUAUGAAUCUUUGAUGUAUAACAGACAUAAUCAACCCAGUGUAUAGCCUCCCACGCAGACGUUCUUAGGGUUUUGUCAAGCGUUCCUGCCCCACGAACGUUCGUGGGGCAGGAACAUGUGAUGAACCCCUAAGAAUGUCUGCGUGGGAGAGGCUACCCAGUGCACAACCUCACCAUCAACUGGCUGAUAAAGAUAGACAGGAGUGGAGUCAAAGGUCUUUUUUUUAAUUUAGUGGACUUUAAUUUAAGGAUUGCAUUUAGUUUCUUACUUUUGUUUUUUUUUGCAUUAGAAAUUCCUCAAAAGUGGAGUUCAGGUCUUAGGUGUAUGGGAUGACCAUGAUUAUGGAAGUAAUGAUGGGGGGAAGGUAUGAUUGUUUUUCCAUUUAAAGAAAAUCAGAUUAUGGGACCAGAUCGGGACUUUGUUUUCCAAGUCAAUAAAACAUGAUAAAAAAAAAGAGAGAAGACCGAGGAAAGACAUUUUAUUGAAAACUUAUAAAAGAGAGAUGUUAAAAUGGUAAAAAUGUUUAAGAAGGACUCCAGAGGCCAUUAUAAACCUUUAAACUCAUCGCCAAUUGAUGAGCUUGGGAACUGGUGCCUUAAAAGUUAGCGGGGAAGGGCCCUAGGUAAUUCAGGCACCACGGGGAGGUCUCCAUGGCAACCCGGCAAGCGGGAACCACCCCAAAAGCAGCCGCUAACAGGCACCGUCACACUGAAACUAGUCCAGUGGAAAUACUUACCUAACCCGAUACUUAGCUCUGAAAUCCAGAAGCCCUCUGGGAAGGGAGGGUGGGGCUAAUGAAUCCGCAAAGAUUCGCUCACAAAAGCAUUGAUCGCAACGAUCGCAAGCAAGCAAGGCUGCACGUAGUUUGCCCCUGCGAACUCCAAAGGGGCGCCCCCACGGAUCAUGUGCAAACUGGGCGAGACUGCUGGCAGCAUUAGCUCGAGAUUAACCUUGCCUAAAUUACAUUUAGCCACAUUUAAUAUCUUUUCUAUCUAGCAGACUGCCUGAUCACUUAUUUUCAGUAGCCUAUGUCUAAGGUAUUUUUAACUCAUAUGUAGUGUCAAUAUGCCAAUUUAUUAUUAUUAGCAGCAAAGAAAAGGAAAAUCUUUAUUGGAGUAAAUAAACGGAUGAACAAAAUGGCAAAACUGCGAAAAAAAUUUAUGAUCUUGAAGUUUACUGUAUAAUUAAGAAGGUUUUAGGAAAUUUGCAAAAUUUUGCCUCAUCCACCCCCACCCCCACCCCCCUCCCUUCAAAAAAGGAAGAGUUCAUGCUUUGUUUAAUUAAGUGUACGUGGUCACUGAAGGCUUAAGCAAUGGGUUUGAUAUGUUUUCUUUACAAUUGCAGCAUUAUAAAGAUCGUCUUCAGGCUCAAGGAAUUUACUUAGAUUUCUUAGAUGAACCAAUGGAAAGCUUGCGAAGGAAACGCGAAGGUGCUUAUGCCUCGUACAUCUAUGGUCAUGGCAAUAAGAAAGUCAAGGUAAUUCUUGCGUUCUUCAGUAUUGUUUGUUAGUAAGGUGUUCCAGACAAUGAUUAUACAUAAGACCGUUCAAGGCUGGAAUUGUGGCAAAAGACAGAACUUUCGUAAAUUAUUUUUUUAUUGCAGAUGUGAUGUAAAGAGGGGCUGUCUUUGCAUCGUGAGUUAUGGGCCAGGAAUCACUUUUUCUAUUGUCUGUUUGCUUGUUUCUUGUUCACUUUUACUAUCCAUCGAAUCACCAUCGAAUACCUACGGAAUACUUUUUACUGGUUUUCAGAGGGCCUGCGGCCGUUACCACUUUCUAAAGGCCUCUUAAGCGUCAUUCCCGUGACUCCCCAAGAGGGUUUGGAAGGAAGGCUACCCGAAUUGAAAAAUACUGCUUUAAAGUUUCCGUUAAACUCACUAUAGCUAGAGGUAUCGUACUAGCGAAAAAAAUUUUUAGAUAUUUAAAUCUGCUGGUUAACAGAAUGAGUAAUCUUGUCACAUUGCCGCUGGCAUUUCCCUUUUAAAAAUCCCCAAGUUUGUAAGCGUUUUCCUAUAGGAAUGAGGCCUACUGAGAGGGAAACUAAGCAAAAAAAAAAAAAAAAAAAAAAACGGGCAGAAAAGUAAGUGCAUACCAUAACUAGAAAAGCUAUAUUUUUACACCAGGAAUGAAAGCAAGCCUGCGUAGUUAAGAUUCGGAUAGUCAUAGUUUUUUUUUCUAUGUGCUAAAUGACGACUCGUGAUACGAAAACUACUUAAGUACUAUAGCUUCAAAGAGCGUUUUUAGGUGACAAGUCCAGAGGCGAAAGCGUAAUACAUUUCUACAGUGCCAGUGGAACGUCGAUAUAUUAAAACGAAGGACCAUGGGACUGGCAAAAUAUUUUCGCUAUAACGAGGUUUCGUCAUAGCGGAGUUCUUAGCGCGUAGGGGAGCACCAUGGGUACAAAAAAAUUGGACAAAAUCGUCCGUACGUACGACCGUACGUACGUACUUACGUUUACGCCUGCAUGUAAGCCGGGGUGAAAUUUCUCAUUUCAAGCACCCGCGCGUUUCGGCGGUAAAUCGCAUGGCCACCUCGACUUUUAGAGAGAAAGAAACAACAACCACAAAGCCGAGUCUUUCUUUUGACUUAAAAUUUUAAUGUCUACAUUGACGUGCAUAACAGAGAAAGAGCUAGAGCUAGAGAUAAAACACAAAGGACACCAAUUUCGUUGGAAGAGAACAUGAAAAUUUUAUAGCGGCGGUGAGAAAAUCAGAAAUGCCAGCGGCCACUGACCAAGGUCAAAAUGAGCUGCAGUGAAAAAAAUGCGAACAGGAACAUUUUCUCCAUAAAACUUCUAACUAGGAAGUUUCUGGGAGUUUCACGUUGUAGUCAAGCAAAACAACGUCAAAGAAAUGUACAAACAAGUGUGCUGCACGUACAAAGUUGUGUCUUUGCUGAUUAGACUGAUAGAUUUUUUGCUCUCGCCGUUUACUAUUACACGAUUUUAUAUUUUGUUUGAGAAACUAUAAAUGUUUACGAGAGCUUCGCUUUUAGCCCUGGCUAAAUUUAUAUGUUGUGGUUAAUUUUUUGAUUGAGGUAAUUUUUGUUUUUCUUUUGUUUCAACUUCAUUAGCAUACAUUACCAUACCCAACAACAAAAUAAUUGGACAAAAAUUACCUGAGAUAAAAAAUUAACUACAACAUAAUUAUAUAUUAUCGAAUAUCGAGGUUCUGGGGUAAGAAAAAAUGUUCGUUAUUCUGAGGACUUUGUCAUACAUAGACUCGUUAUAUCGAGGUUCCACUAUACCUGGAAAACCCCUUCCUUGUCCCUCAGAAUUUCCAUUAGCCUAAUCUACCGCCGGAGAUUGUAAGAUAAUUACCGAAACCAAUAUAAACCCACCACAGUGACUGUUGCAUUAUUUUUCCUUUAGAUAAUCCUACUGGACACCCGAUCACAUCUCAGGUGGGGAUCAAAUUGUGACAUCCUUGGACGAGACCAGUGGGAGUGGCUUGAAAAACAACUGAGUGAAUCCAACACAGCUCAAUUGACAAUUAUUGGGAGUGGAAUACAGGUGUGAAUUCUCCCUUGUAAGUGGGCUCUACUACUCCCUAUAAAACUACCAGACACUUGCUGGUGGUUUGGGCCCAAGAUUUAUUGUCAGAGCUAGGACAGAAGAUGAGAAGAGUAGCCUGUAGAGUAGCCUGUAAGCAAGCUCUCCAUUUAUGGCGAAAUGGUGCUAAGAAAGUCAGUUUUAGGGCUUGCCAUUCGGACAAGCUUUAGCUAGCAUGUACUACCCCCAAAAGUAAUUUGAACAAGCCGCGAAGAGAGCCGCGAGAGAACGCGCCCUCGCACUCGCUCCUUCUUUCGCGUGCUCUUCACGCGUGACCGCCCAAAUGGAGAAAUCUCGUUCUCUUUUUUGACGCCAAUUUUUUCCCCAGGGGCUUUCUCUCGGUCAAGCCCAACUGGUUUCAAAUUGAAACUCAGUCAGGAGCCCAUCAUUAUAUCACAUUCAUGAAUGACUAAGCAGUGAAAUCACUUACCCCUCCCCUGUUCUGUCGCGCGCACUUCUAAUCUGUUGCGGGCGAUCAGAGGAUUCCGCAAUCCUAAUCUCCAGGUUGCUUUAACGCGUGCGCGGGACGUUUGUAAAUUCACCAUUAUAAAAACGAGAAAGAAACUGGGCCGAGUUAGGUUUUGCAAAGACUUCUGGGAUCGUUUCUGUGGACGCGCCGGUCAGCUAUUGGCCAUUUUUUUUGCCCUGUCCCCAGUAACAUCCCAGAAGUCCUUGUACAAGAUAACUCGGGACAGUUUCAGUCUCGUUUCUAAAAAAGCCAGGCCAGGAUUGUUCAAACGUUGGAUAGCGCUAUCCACCGGAUAAAUAACCUUCCAGCGGAUAAGUGUGAGGGAAACAAAAUUGCGCUGUCCACUGGAUAGUGAUUUAUCCAGUGGAUAGCGCUAUCCAUCUUUCAAAAAACUGGGCCCAGGAGUAUACGUUUGGACUUCCACCAAAAAUGAAUCGAAUACACAGAACGCAAUCUGAUCUUGUGUGUUUGGACCUUCCGUCACUCGUAAUCUGAUUGCAAGUAUUUUGACCUUCUAGAGCGGUUUUUACUUGACUGUCGUAAAACCAAAACCAAAGUAAAUACACUAGCCAACCAAAGGGCGUAGUAAAACCAAAACCAAAACCAAAACCAAUCCCUUUCGACAGUCAAGUGAAAACUGCUCUAUCACGUGAAACCUACGCAAAGCACAGCGUUUAAGCAAGUGCGUUUUGACCUUCGAUCAAUAUUACCGGUGCUCCCUAACCUUUCCUUUACUAGUUAUUACCUAGUUAUUACCUCUAGAAAAUAAUUCUAUCCAUUAUGGACACAUGUAAGUGUUUUACCCUAGGUGUUGUCAGACAUGUCCUUCACUGACAAGUGGAUCAGUUGUCCGUCAAGCUACGACCGUUUGAUGUGGCUCGUACAAAAAAAUUCCAGAGUGAGUAAAAUUUGAAUCUUUAGCUUGAAGGCAGGAUGGCAUUGAGAGAAAGGUCCUUCGAGCGUUUAAUUCUGUGAUAACAAAGCUACUUCUUUCUUGUAGGUUAUUUUCAUAAGUGGUGAUGUUCACUUUGGAGAAUUCGCUUGCUUAAAUAACACCAGUACAGGUUGGUCAGGCAUUUGUAAGUAAAGUAAGUAAAACAGCAAAACGUGCGUGAUGCAGGGUCUGGAAGGGUAUUGCCGGGAUUCGGGAAAAGUUACUGGGAUACAGGAUUUGAUAGCCUGCGAGCAAGCUCUCCGGUCCGGAGAGCUCUGGUGGCACGUCUCUGGAAUUUGAAUAUCUGCACAAAAAAAGUCGAUUCGAAAUGCUGAUUGGCGGAGAUGACAUUAGUAAUGACGUCCUUGCCCUGGGAACGGGUUUUCAAUGUUUGUUUACAUUCGCACUUGUUUCCGCUUCGCGUUGAUUGGCGGAAAUCUGACAGCUCAGUCGACGGGGAGCCACAGGGGAAUUGGAGGCGGAAUUCAAAUUCCAGAGACGUAGUUGCAAGCUCUCCUUUCUUGUCCCGCCCCGCCGUCAGAGCGCCCCAGAGAACUUGCUCGCAGGCUAGGGAUUUGACUGCUACCCGAGAAGCGGGAUUCGCCAAAAUCAGGGAAGGAUACGGGAUGAUUGGGAGGAUAGCGAUGACAGAAGUUUUUUGUGAAAAAGAGAGGAAAUGUGGAAUCAGCCCCCGCCCCACUAAUAAUAAGGUUCGUCUAACGACAGCCACUUUGAUACUUAGCCUCAAUACGAGCAGUCUCUUCCUUCCCUUAUAUUGUUUAAAAGACAGAAAGAGCCAAACCAAGUGAGCUACGAGUCGCGAAGCCGCGAGACGCCAAAAUCGUUCUCGGCCUGUCUCUCACGCCAUUCAGCAGGCUACGAAUAUCGCAGCAGCGGUUGGCGGGGGGGGGGGAGACGGUUAUUGGUAGACUAGCGAUCAAGUUUUGGUUUGGUGAAAAGGUAAACAUCAGGGAAACUGGAAAAAAAAAAGAAGGAAAAACUGAGACAGAAAAAAGGCCCAUCCGCACAAGACAAUUAACACCAGUUAAUCUUAGCUUGGUAUUGAUGAUCUGUGGUUUUCUACAUCAUGGUGAUGUACCAAUGUCACUUCCUACACCAUCAAAAUCUCUUUGAAGAACUUUCUUUUUCUCAACCGUUUUGACUCUUAACAGGAUAUCCUGUAUAUGAAGUAACCUCUAGUGGCUUAACAGUCACUUGUGUAACAUGGAUUUCAACUGAUAUGUGUCGCUGGCUUCUAACGUAAGUACAUAAAGUCGGUAUACGCAAUCAUAAGACUUGAACAGUAUUUAAAGCACGAUAGCUUAUAGUCAAUAAUACAGAUUAUUCUUAACCGCUGAAAAAAGAAAAAGGAAAAGCAACUGAUCCAUAAGCAAAACUUAAAAUCUGUUUUGUUCACCGACUUUGAGUCCGUUUUGAUAGUGUGUAACGAAUUUUUGUUGAUUUUAGCAACCUUGAAGGUUAUUUCCUACACAUACACAGGGCCUUUGUAUUACUAGACAAGACUAGUACAAUGAGGUCCUGUUUUUGACUGAGAUUUUCAUUAAACCUGUGAGUCACGCGAUAAGGAAACGUUUAGAAUUUCAUUCACUCUGUGAGUGAAAAAGGUGUGUUUUGAACCGCUUUGGCAAGUGUUUUUUGAACCAACAGACCGCUGAAUAGAUAUAAAAUAUUUGUGUGACUAACAAAAUUCAUGACCUGUGCGGAACCUGCACGAGAACUGUCUAUCCUACUUUAAUAAAUUCAGGUAUCUCAAGGUAAGCGUUGGUGGUAUAGUGGUGAGCAUAGCUGCCUUCCAAGCAGUUGACCCGGGUUCGAUUCCCGGCCAACGCACACUUUUUUUUCUAUUUUGUUAUUUUUCUUUCCGUUAUGUUUCUUUAAAAGGAAAAAAGAUUCACUCAACGAUAUUUCCUAUGCGUACGGUUAAAUUUUAAUUGCUUUUAGACUAAAAAACGUACGAAGCGCAAGGGCGGAUCCAGGAUUUUUUUUAGGAGGGGGUGCACUCGUCUCUUGCUCUACUUCAACACCAAUAAACCACAUAGGUUUUUUUUUUGGCAGAAUACCAGUUGUAUCAGAAAACCGCAGGUCAUCUCAGGGGGGGUGCGCACCCCCUGCACCCUCCCCCUAGAUCCGCCCCUGAAGCAGACCAAAUUCUGUUUAGUUGUGAAUGACUUGAAUCAGAUUUUUUAGUACAUUAUAAUUAAUACCUUUGCGGAGAAAGAAUUUUAUGGUCCAUAGAUGAAGAUAUUACAAUGUGUUGCUUACCCACUGGCAACUGAGGAAGGCUUGAAAUCGAAAAAAUUAUUCCACAGGAACUAGUAGGUCAAUUGAAAUAUGUUCACAGACCCUCUAUUUUCUCUUCAAAGUCCGUCGAGCUCGCGUGAUAAAAAAUAAACCGCGGUUUUCCAAAAGAAUGAAAAGAAAACUAAAACAACGUCUGUGUACAGGCUAUAUCAAAGAUUGCUAACAUUGCUUCCAAAACACUGCGUUUCUAAUCAUUUAACUUAACCGUUUUAUAAGCUACCAUAUCGCAACAGCCAGGAUUUUUCGAUUUUGUAUGGUCCAGUUUUCGCGACUGCUUGCAAGUGUGGAGCGCUUCUUUUAGUUUAGAGCGGUUUAUUCCCUUUAAAGAUGAAGCAUUAGAGCUGGGGCUGAGAUCAGACCAACAAGAUUUUAAAACAUCGUUAUGAGGGUAUCUCCUGUUUCCAGCCAGUACACCCGAUAUCCGUCUUUUGUCGCCGAACUGAGAUCAACCAUGACCACUCGACGUUCUCUAUCAUUCCGUAACAUUCGAACUUCCAACUUCACGGCACCUGAGGGAAAUUUACAAUUCGCUAUAUGAAAUCAAUGAUUAGCCUGAAUUUCAUCCGAUUACUUCUAGUCGUUAUUAUUCCCUCAGUAACUGCUAAGAGGAGAAAACGAAUCCAAGCGAUCGGAUGAAAUUCAGGCUAAUCAAUGAUCGUCUCGGGAUCUGAUUUCCUAAAAGGAAUUUUAAAGUAAGUUUUCAUAAGUUGCCAAUCGGAAAAACGCAGUAAGUCAAUAGCUAAGCUCUCAAAGCAAAGGGGAGGGGAUGAGGGCGAGAAAGAGAAUUCUUCAGCCCUCGAGUUGAGAGCUUUCUGCGGCACUCGUCACUCUUUAUAGUCUAACCUCUCUAACCUUUCUUUUUAUCAUUAUUUUGACGAUAGGAAUAUGGGUCAUUCGUCGAAACGUCUUCAACCAAUCAUCACAGAAAUUAACUAUGGGUUAAUAACAAUUCACUGGGACACACAACCGGUAUGUAAUGAUUCUGGGUAGUUUUUAUUGUGGCUUCGAAAGUAAUCGCCACGCUUAGUAUCUGAUCUGUUAAACUUCUCGCGCUACUUCAUCGGACAAUCGAGGCUAAACCAAAAUUAGUAAAAUCCAACCAGUGGUCUAUUAUCAAUGCUGUGUUCUGAUUGGUUGAGCUACUACUAGGCUAUUAGCCUGCGAGCAAGCUCUCCUAUUUGGGCAAGCGAAGUGAGCCUCGCGGCUUCGCCGCUCGCUCGAGCGUUCUCGAGAGACUCGCUUCAUUCGCCCAAAUAGGAGAGCUUUCUCGCAGGCUACUAGGCUAUAUGUUAUAGCCCACUAGUAGUGAAAAGCGCAGGCUUUUUGGCGGCAAAAAACGAUUAAAGUCUAGCUUUAACUAGCUAAAGUUGUUUUGUCUCGAUAUUUUUGACCAACUAGUUGGAUUUUACUAAAACAAUUAUUCCUCUCGUGAGCCCAUUCGGGCUCGAGGAAUAAUUGUUAAGUAACUUCCCUCUCUACGCGGUGUUUUCCCGCCUAUAGCUAGCGCUUGCCACAUUCACUUGCUUCGAGUUUUGAUUGCAUGGUUCAUUUGCUCGCUGUCAUUGUUACUCAACAAACAGAUGACAAUUUUCCACGGUCGACACUCCUGGGAAUUUUCUUGGAAAAUCGAAAAAAAAGAAAAAAAAACUAUUGCGCCAUACAUCACUGGACAUGUUCAUGAGUGGCUCGACCCAGUAUUUUUGUAGGUGCAACUUCCAUCUUUGAAUCUCUUAGCGUUAAACAAUUUUAUCUUUUUAGGUAAAACCAUUAUAACACACAAUUAUAACACCUGUAUUACACUAAACUUUAUUAUGAUAUUAGUGUUUCGGCGAUCGGAAUAUAUAUCACGUGACAAUGACGUCACAAUAGUUUUAGCUCUAAAUCGAAUUGCAGACCUUAUCGACAUUUUCUUUAGAAAUGCUUGUCACUACCUAUAUAUACUUUGGGUGCUUGUCUUCUGUAGUGCGAAGUUUCACAAAAAUAUAAAAAUCUAUAAGAGAAAUUUCCACCUAUCAUGGAAUUUCUACAAAAAGGCAUAAAUUGUGCAUGAACUGAAGGAUGGACUUAAGGCAGACAAAUUUGCAAUUUUUUCGUUGUUUCCGCAAAGUUUUUAUCACUCAUUCGUUCUGUAAAUGACCUUUAUACUCUCUACAACGGGCUAAACGCAAGUAGACUUGCGCGAUUUCGAAAAUCACGAAAACAUGUGAAUCAGGGUAAAACGCAAUGCUGAGUCUUUUUGUAAUUUCGGAGGCUACUUUCACGAAAACAGCGAUUAAAACAAAAUUCGUCGAUAGAUUUCGUUAUAAAACUUCAUUGCUGCAGUUGAUCAAUGUACUGUAAAAUCCCCGAAUUUCGUAUCCACCACCAUACAAACGUCUGUAUUGUACAGCAAUAUCUCCGCUCAUUAUGGAAGUAUCACCUUUACAGGGGCACCCAACGGCAAUUUUCGGGAAAAUAUCUGUUCGGAAAACGAUUUGAGAUCUAGAAUUUUCGGAGCAUUUGUUGUAAAAUUUCUUGCUUGCCUGCCUCUCCUAGGAUUUUCGAACAUCUACAAAAUGGUAUAAUUACUCAUUUUUAACGGAUUUUGACCCUAAAAAAAAACACCUAGAAUUUUCGGGAGCCUUUUCCUGGCUGAAAUUUUCGAGAAGGUAAGUUUUUAUCCCUAUAAUUUUCGGAUCACUAGAUUUUCAGCUAGGAAAUCCGAACAGAUAAAAAGGUUUUAGGGGAUAAAAAUAUUCCUAUAUCUACCGUUUGAAUACUAAAAUACGUUCAACAAUGCUAUGUUAAGUGGUUUUGAACUAUAUCCUCGUUGGGUGCCCCUGCCUUUAAAUUUGGAAAGUUAACUAAUCUCAAGGCCGGCGCUCUCUUUCCAGCAGUGUCGAUGGGUAUUCGUUUACUUGUCUUUAUAGAAACUUGAAAAAAAAAAAGAAAGAAAAAACCAUGGACGAGGCUACUCUGAUCCGCUAGAGGAUCGCUAGGCUGAGAUAUUUUUACCUACCACAAGCUUGUCAAAACAAUACUAAAAACGCCGUUGUUGAUCUCUUUGGGUUUAAUGUUUUCUCACGUAGGUUAGCGUUACGGUAGAGGUACGAGGGGAGGCCGGAAGUUAUCUCAAGCAAACUCUAUCAUUAGAUCAGUUAGAAAAAGUAAGUAUGCCCCAGAUUUCUUUUUCUUUGCGCUUAGUGUAACAACAGGCCAUUUUCAAGAAAGUUCAAGAACUCUCACUUAAAAAAUGAGGCUCAGUGCAAAACCUUUCUUGUGAAAAUGAGCUUCAUUUUCUUACCAAUGGCACUUAGCCUCGUUUUGAGACAGAGGCUUGCACCAGUCGGAAAUGGCCAAUGGGCGUUUGAUAUUUUGAAAUAUUGAAGCAGCAGAAAAAGCUUCAAACUAAGCUUAACGUUUGCAUAGGCAACUGUACCCAUUACCUAUUUACUGUCAAGAUCUGAUUAGUAUUCUAUGCACCUUUGUUAUUUUUUAGACCAGGAAUCUUAACAGAUGUCCACAAAAAAUAGAAGAGCCCCCAGUGGUCAAGAAAGUAACUUUCUACACUGGAGUCUUUCUACUUUUGUCGAUUGUAUUUAUAGCACUUUUGAGGUAAGCGUUUUUCCCAAUCCUUAUUUAUGGCGUUAUUUUUUAAAACACUCUACAGUUGCAGGUUUUUCUCUGGGCAAGCUAAGGUUGGAGCCAGUAAAACUAUGCUUGUUCAGUUUUUCCAGCAAAGUUGAGACGUCGGCUUAGUCAAGAUCAAACUGUUUCAGAAAGAAAGCAUCGGCUGUCAACAAAUGUUGCAGGAGCCUGUUGAAACAAUGUUGUUAUUGUUUGACUGGUGGUAAUGUUUAUCAAAAACAUAUUGCCUUUUUUCCUGCACACAAAAGCCUAUAGUAUGUCUCUACCCUCCAAUCAAUGAUUGUAGAGUCUUUUAUAACAAUUGCAAUCCACCCGUACGAUUUUAUAUCGGCGUUUUCCAUCUCAAUUUGUUCUUUGGUCUCUUUACAGGUUAUUGGUCUUCAUCGCCAAAAUAGUUUUUAAAAUUGUGCUGUGUUUGCUGGGAAUAACUGUUAAAAAUGCUACAAGUGGCUCGGAGUACGUUAAUUACAAGAACAAGAUUAUCAAAAGAGAGUAACUUAAAACAGUUGAACCCCUAUUAUACGAAGAUAAUUUGCAAUUAUUGGAACACGUUUUUGUAGUAAGAAUUAUAAAGGUGUGGGGAAAAAUGAAUUUUGGAUAACAUCAUCACUGCAUGGCGUUUCAUAAAUAAACAAUGCGCAGAGCAUGA